AUGUCCUUGACAUCUCCGCCUUACUAUGCCGAUGAUGAGUUUUCUGAUCGUCAUGGAAGCGUAGCGAAUACCAAGAGCUCUUCAUCGCGUUCGACACCGCGUCUUUACGACAAUCAAAUCGUGCAAGAAGUGUCGGUAUCCUACUCGGCUCCAUACACCGGAUAUUCGCAACCGCAUGUUCCUUUAGCGCUUAACAUCGGUACCAAUGCAAUAGAUGAAUAUUCGCGCGUGUUUGAGGAAAAUGGAAAUCUUCAUUCGUAUAUUUCUGACUACGAACCACGAUCGGCUCGCUAUCCGGUCACACCGGAGAAACUUGAGUCUGUCCGCCGCCAUUUAUCUUCAGGAAGGACUGAAACUGAAUUUCCAGUGAAAAAAUACGGAUACACGGAGGAAAUUCCUUAUUUCUCUGCCCAAUCUGCAAUUCAAUCAGCAAGAACUACUCCAGCUCAAACCCCACGAGCUACACCAGUUAUUGAUAGCCGCGCAACGACCGUUCGACUUCCGAGUAGUCUUUCACACAAUACUAUAAUCUCGGAAAGCACGACAAUUGAGGAACUCACCACCAUAACCACCGCCAAUAUUCGUAAAUCACGAAAGGACGAACCAAUUAAAUCAACCGACAUGCCUACGGUAAAUGCUCUAGCAGAGCAGUUUGAAGCUACAGCGAAAAAGGAAAAAAUGGAUGCAUUGAAAUCAAGAAUCAGCCCCAGCAAUAAUAAUAUUAAUAAUAAUAACAAUAAUAAUAAAAAUAGAACUUCGCCAAACCAAAACUCGAAAUCAAAAACUAGAGUCGUUGUUAUAAAUAAAUCAAAUGAAUACUCCAACCAGUAUACUGAUCGAAUUCAACCAAUAUUUACUCCUGCUGGAUUUGUUACGACGACAAUUGUUGAUAUUGAGCCGCCAGGAUAUGGAAGAAGAGCUAGAAUUGAAGAAUAUAGAAUGCAAGAGGAAUACCGAAGCAAGCAAUUUUACGAUGCCAAUGAGAACUAUAGACAGCAAAAGACGCCAUCACAGCCAGCAAAAAGCCCACGAUCUAGAGAAGAAGCUGUAGAGAUUUUUGUGAGAUCACAAUCGAGAUCUGGUGCCAAUUCGAGAGCUACACACGAGAGAUUUAUUUCAUCGGAUGAUACUAUCUCGCAACCUUCACCAACUGUUCGCAACGUUAUUGAGCAGUUUGAAACGAGAAUUGAAAGCAGGCAACGCACAAGUCCAGAAAAGGAAAAUAUACCAAGAUCGGUUUCAAGAGUAUCAAUGAAUCAAGAUGGUGAAGUACUUCCAAAUGAAGUGAUAAUCUCUCGGAGAGAAAUUGAGGAAAAUACUGAUAUGAAGUCAUGGAAGACAAUUCCGACAAAAGUUUCACCGCCAACGCCAACUCCUAGUGAAUACACUCAGCCGAGUUUCAUUCGAACAUACGAAGAGGAAAGAAGUCUCAGUAUCCAACAUGAUGGGAGACGAGCAAACAAAAGUCGCUCCGUUAUUAACAUCCCACCUCCAGAGACCGUUGUGAUACCCAGAGCUCUAUCACCUUUAAUCACGAAAACAACUGAUGAGGUUACAUCCACUGUCAUGGUUCAAGAUUCCCAAACGCUAGUAACGAAAGACGUUAUGCUAGAAGAAGCAAAGGAAGAAAUCAGCGUUUCUGAAGCCAAAGAAGUUGUGGCUGAAGACAGUCAGUAUAUUAUUGAAUCUUCUGAACAGAUCGUCAAUCCAUCUCGAGUUAUUAAUGAACCUGUACCAAAUGCAUCUUUCACUUCGGAGUACACAAUCACUUCGAAAACAAAUGCGGAGAAUGAUUCCAAAAAUGCGGAGCAGACGGCUCAGAAUACACCAAAAAAUCCGGAAUCGGAGUCAUUUUCAACAUCGACGACUGAAAUUACAACAAAAGUUAUUACGGAAGAAGAAAUUACCAAUAAGCAUCGCGCUAUUGUCGAAGAAGUUGUAGCAAUUGAGCCUUUGCCUGUAGAAGAGCCAAAACCAAGCGAGACAGAGCCAUAUUCCACAUUCACAUCAGAAUACACGUUGACAUCCAGAACUGAAAACGCAGAUGAAUGGAACAAGGAAACUUUAUCAGAUGAACCCAAGAAAGAGUACGAACCAGAAGAGAAAGAGACGGUACAUAAAAAAGCGGAAGGAGCAGAGGAAGCACCAACAGAAACAUUCCGGCGAAUCAUGGAGCAUGACUAUCGUAUCAAGGCACAAGAAGAGUACACAACGACACGAAGAAGAAGAGAUUACUCACUUCCUUCAUAUUACAAUAGGUCACCAAGAAUGGAAUCCUAUCGUACCAGAUCGGUCGAACGAAGCUACGUUUCGAAUUCCAACGUCUCUCGUAAUUACACUGAAAGCCGUCAUAUCGGCUCUGGUGCCGCAUUGGCCAGUGGCAUCUCUACGGCUGGUGUCAUUUGCACUACUUCGAUCCGCGACAAUCGUGAGCGCGAGAAAAGAGAGAUCGGACUUCUCAAUGAUCGUUUGGCCGAUUACAUUGAGAAGGUUCGUUUCCUCGAAGCUCAAAACCGAAUCUUGACCCAAGACAUUGAAACUUUGAGUAAAGGAUUCCGUGGAAAUGGACAAAUCUCGUUCCUCUACGACUCUGAAAUCAAGACUGCCAAAUCUAUCCUCGAAAAGUGCAUUGCCGAUCGUGAUGUUUUCAACAGGGAAAUCGUUAGUUUGACUGCUCAAUGUGACGGACUCAAGGAAAAGUGGCGUGAGAGCGUCAACGUUAUCAAGGGAUUCCGCUCUCAUCUGGAUGUGGACUUAGACAAAUUGGCUCAAAUUGAAGCGGGAAUAUCUCUCUACAGAAGAAAGGUUGGAAUCGUUGAGGAAGACUGCAUCAGGAUCAAGCGCGAAAAUGAUCGUAUUCGAUCCGACAUCAUGCGUGUCCGCGGACAAACCCACCAAGAGGUUUCGAUGAAGAGCGAAUAUUCAAUCCGCGUCCAAGACCUUCUCAACCGUGUCAACCAUCUCCAAACGGAGAAUAACACUAAGAUCGAACAAGAGAUGAUUUCCAUCCGACGUGACACCACUAUCGAAAACCGUGACUACUUCAGACGUGAGCUUCAAGCUGCCAUCAACGAGAUCCGUGCCGAUUACGAAGCGAUUUACCAACGCAACCGAUACGAGCUGGAGGAGUGGUACAGAAAGGAACUUAUCAGAGUCCAACCAAUUGUUGCGUCAACCAACACCAACCAAUUCCGCGAAGAAAUCGUCAGCAUCCGCAGCACCUUAGCAUCCGUCCGACAGAGCUUGGCCGACAUGGAGAGCAGAAACUCUCUCCUUGAGAAGCAAAUCGCUGAUCUCGGAUUCCAGGCCAGCGAGGAUGCCAAGCUCUAUGAAGCACUUCUUAGCGAGAAGGAUGCCGCUAUUGCGAAGAUGAAAGAUCAAUGCUCAAACUUGACAAUCCAGAUGGAGAAGUUGUGCGACCACGAAAUCUCCCUCCGUAAGGAAAUUGAGCAUUACCGCCGCUUGCUUGAAGGCGCCAACGUGACGACUUAUGUUGCCACGUCUACGUACCCAUCAACUCGCGUCAACACCGGAACUUCACGUGUUGUUCAAACCAGCACAGUCACAAAAUCAAGCAGCGCAUCCAACUACUCAAAUGUUCGUAGCGGAUACGAAAUUGGUGGUGGGGCUGGAUUCUCUGGCUCACAGACCAGCCUUCACGUCGGAGGAAACAUUGGCGGAUCGAAUAUCAUUGCUGGAGGAAACAUCCACGAAUCGUCGUCCAGCAUCCACUCUGGCGGAAGAGUUACUGGCGGAACCAGUGAACCUGCAAAGAAGCCUGACAGAAUUCACAACGAAACUGGUACCGAUGAACAUGGUCGAAAAUUCCAUCGCUAUUACAAAGGCACCAUUAGAAUUACGCAAGUACAAAGAGAUUUCAUUGAGCUUGAGAACAUCUGUGUGAUUAGAAAAGUCGACGUUGGUGGAUUUAGGAUUGAACAUACAUCGUGCAAUCGAUUACUUGGACAGGUCACAAUUGGACAUUCAUUGAUUCUCGAUCCGAAGCAGACGUUGCGAAUUUACACUUCUCGUCAUCCAGAACUUGAAGGCGACAUCAUCAUGCAAAUUCCUGAAUUUGACGUUUCUACUGAUGCGAGAACAUCGUUAUACAAUUCAUUGGAACCAGAAGAGGAACGCGUCUAUUUCGUCUACACGUCCUAA